UAUUUGAUCUGCCAAUGGUGUACGUGCUGCCUUUAAAUCUCUCACCUCCCUCCCCCCCUUCAUUCUGAUCCAAAACACAUCGCUCCGACGGUGGGUGAUGUGACCAGAUCAUGGCAUCCGCUGUUACAUCCUCAUGGUAUCCCACGACCUCCAUCCUAAUUCAAUCUUCGCCAGACUCUCUUCUCUCACCUUUCGCUAUCCCAUCGUAAAUCACAAUGGACGACCUCAACGGUCUGAGUUGGUCCCCCAACUCCUCCAAUGACGCCCGCAAACCCCCGCCGAUGAGCUCCGGCUCCAACUACCUCGUCCCACCCAUUCGACACAACGACAACUCCGGCCGGUCCACGCCCAUUUCGGCCUCGUCGGGGGUCUCGUCCAAUGCACAAUCCAAACCCGCCACCCCAGGCAAGGACAGUUUCGCCGGUCUCGUGUCCUUCGGGUCCUCCAACCCCAACAAGAACCUGUCGCUUGUCGAGCAGCAGAAGAAGCUCCAGGAGGAAAGGGCCCGGAAGGACGCAGAGAACAGGUCUCGUUACGAAUCGCAGUAUGGAGGGCAGAAUAACCAGUUCUGGGACACCUUGGAGAAGGCCCCCAGUAGCAGGACCGCCUCGCCUGCGGUCGCCCCGCCACCGCAGAAGCCCACCUCCCCCGAUGAAGACGAUAUCCUGGCUGCGUUCGAUGCGUCCGCCCCCGUGGACGCUUCGACCAAUUUUCCCAUCCCCAGUCCUACUCCGUCGCCGCAGGUUGGGGCGAAGCCAUCCUUUCAGACACCUUCCAACACCACGAGCGCUGCGGGCCAGGGCAAUGGAAUGACGUUUAUGGAUGACGAUGAUCCGUUCGGACUCAACCAACUGAAACCGAAGCAGACUCCUUCUCCGCAACCGGCGCAGACCGAGGAUGAUGAUUUCCUCGGUCUGUUGAACAAACCGGUAUCGGAAUUCCCCCGCGAGCCCCCCCCUCAACCCGCUCGGCCUUCUCCGAGGCCCUCACCGGGCCCACCAGAGCGCGAGGGACCGACCCCGCCCCCGAAGCCCUCUAACGGAGUAGAUCGGGCGGUGGCAGAGUUGGUGGACAUGGGAUUCCCGGCAGACAAGUCCAGCCAAGCUCUGCGGAUGACGUCGUCAGGGAAGGACGUACAGGCGGCCGUGGGCUUGCUCCUCACGCAGGCCCAUGAAGAGGCGCGCCAGAAGUCUCGGAACAGCCCGGCCAUUGGGGACACGAGCCGCAGUCGGGAGCGGAGCCGGGGUCCGGACCGCGAUGUCCCUUCCUGGAUGCAGGAGGAGCGCUCUCGUGCGCCGCGAAGCCGUCCCGACAGCAUGUCUCCUUCGGGAGUCGAUAGGGACCCUUCUCAAGCCGCAGCGGCAUUUGGGAAUAAUUUCCUCAAGGCCGCGAAUUCUUUCUGGAAGACCACAAACAAGAAGGUGCAGAAGGUGGUGAAUGAGUUGAACGUAGACCAUGAUCCUAGCCAGCCCAAGUGGCUGAAGGAUGCCUCCGCUCACGAGGAACCUUUCCCGGGCGAGACUCAGCGGCCGGCUCGCCAGGAGCGGGCGAAGCCUGCAGAAUUCACUAACGAGGCCCUUCUGCUGGAGACUGGUUCGGACCCCCGUCCGGCACGGCCCUCCAGACGGCCCACGGAUGAGCCUUCGUCGCGCACGCACAGUCGCGACGUCCGGCCCCAACCCCCUUCAGCGGGCGAGAGACGGUCCCCGCAGCCGGCGUUCCUGCGACAGCAGGCGGGGAUCGAAAUGAGGGAUUCCCGGUCGCGCGCCUCCAAACUCGCGGUCGAGGAGCAGUCGGCGCAAGCAUACGUCAGUCCGGCUCGCAGAAAGCGGCCGACCGCGCCCUCGCCUGCUCCCGCGCAGAAUGUUGAUCUGUUCGAAUCCCCCGCCCCGCCGGCUCCUAGCCGUCGGCGCCCGUCGCCGUCGCCCGCGCCCACUCCGUCUUCCCGAACCUCCACGCCUUCCACAGCGCUCCCCGCGCGGCCCAAGCCCAAAGCGCCCCCGCGGACCAUCCCCACGGUCUCCCCAUCUGCGCUGUCGUCCACCCACCGCGAGCGAGAACGGGCCGCACAGGCAUACAAACGGGGCGACUACGCGGCGGCGCACGAGGCGUUCACGUCCGCUCUCGGACCGCUCCCCGACCAGCACCCGAUCACCAUCAUCGUCCGCAGUAACCGCGCCAUGACGGCGCUGAAGAUCGGUGAACCCAAGGUAGCCAUCGGUGACGCAGACGCGAUCCUACAACUGAUCGGGCCAUCCAAAGGCGACGGCGAGACCAUCGACCUGGCCAACGGCGAGCCCGGUAAGCCAAUGAAGGACUUCUUCGGCAAGGCCCUGAUGCGCAAGGCCGAAGCCCUAGAGCAACUGGAGCGGUGGGCCGACGCGGCCCAGGCCUGGCGACAAGCCGUGGAGAACGGCCACGGCGGCAGCACCAGCAUCCAAGGCCGCAACCGAUGCGAGACCGCCGCGGGGAUCAGCAAGCCUGCCUCAAAGCCCGCGACGCCAGCAGCAGCCGCUCGACGACCGCCUGCGCCGGCCCCGAAGAGGUCCGCGCUCGCCGACCUGCAAGGUGGUGGUGGACGGUCUCCACAUGCCGGCUACGAUUCCGCCGCCGUCAGUCGCCUCCGCAAAGCCAACCAAGCGGCGGACCGCGCCGACGAGGAGAAGUUCGCUCUAACCGAGAGCGUAGACGCUCGUCUGACUACGUGGAAGGGCGGAAAGCAGGACAAUCUGCGAGCACUCCUGGGCAGUCUCGACACAGUGUUGUGGCCUGAAGCCGGGUGGAAGAAGGUCAACAUGUCGGAGUUGAUCAUGCCGAAUAAGGUCAAGAUUCAGUACAUGAAGGGGAUUUCCAAGGUGCAUCCUGAUAAGCUCCCCACAGAUGCCACGACCGAGCAACGUAUGAUCGCAGGGGCCGUCUUUGGGACGUUGAACGAAGCGUGGGAUAAGUUCAAGAAGGAGAAUAAUCUUUAACUUUCUUCUUCACUUAUCCUCCUCAUUUUUUUACUUCUCCUUUAUUUUCACUUCUUUUCACGUUUACUUUUAUUUCUCUUUUUAUACCGUCUUUGGCAAAUGUUGUGUGCCUGCAUUUAUACUACAUGCUUCUUGUACAUAGACUUGACUUACUUGACUUGACCAUUCUACUUGAAAACAUAGAAGAACAUUUGACCAUCA